UCUGCUUCUCUUCGCGAAUCCCUCUUGUCUUCCUCCCCGUCUUCUCCAUUCUUCCUUCAACUUUGAAAGUUAGCUGAUAGUGAACCCGGCCCCUGCAUCCUUCUACUUCUCUCACGUUUUGCAGUAGUUUCACAAAUCUUUGUCCCAUGACAAGAUUCGCGUUGUUUAGCAUCCAAGGCAACACAGAAGUAGGGACCCCUCGCUUAUAUUGAGAAGCAGAGUCCACAGCCGAUUUUGCUGGCUAUCUAAGGCGCUUCCCCAUCCCGACACUUACCAGUCCCUACUCUUCUUAAGAGCAGUCGAUUUUCAUUUCCUACUUCCAUAUCCAAGUGAAGAGGCCUAGUCGAUUGGAGUGAGACUUUGGAGACUGCUUUCAUUAACCUCAUGAUUGAGAAGUUGAGAAGGACGCAUUCAAUAUCUUGGAAAGGGAGGGACUAAGAACAGAUGAAUACUGAACUGGAAGAGCAAUUUCCUGGCGUCAUUCUCGGCGCCAUGAAGUUGUCCCAGAAAGCAUUGAGGCUGAAGAUACAAUACAAGCACUUCACUGAGUUGAUUCAGCACAUCGGAGUUGGUUGGGAUGCCACAACCAACACUGUAAGGCGAGUCUUGAUGUUCGGGACAAGUUUAUCAAGAAGCACAACAACUUUAAUACUUUUCGGUCCAGAGGCUGCAAGCAUUAUCAAUUGUUGUGUGAACUAUUUAGAUCAUCGACAACAACAGGUGCCCUACGGAUUUCAUCCACCAACUCCGAAGAGCUUCGAUACUUAUGAACGAAUAGAAGAGGAGUUCCUAGCACCACAGACAAGUUAUGGCAAAGAACCAAUCAAUCUGAAAGAGGGCUCCGACGAGAGCGAUAUCUCGGUUCGUGAGGUUCAAGAGCCCGUUAUUUCAACGUCUCGUUGUUGUGUGUGUAAAAGAGUUUUCGAUACGGACUUGCAGUUGCAAGAGUGUAUUGACCUAUUCAAGGCUAGUCUCAACAGAAAAAAAGAAAGAGUUUACCCCUCCAGAAUCCAAGAGAAGCAAAUCCGUAUCGAGCCCGGAGAAACCAGCGAAGAACAACAUCGAUGAGGCCAUGGUUGUGCUGAAUGACAUGAAGCCCACCAUCUCCCUAAACGAGUAUCUCACCGGCAACGGCCGUCUUGCCGAUGAGACAACGCGGUGGCUCUUCAUGUGCUAUCACGAUAAUGCUAGGUGGGAAUGGUUGAUUCGUCUUCUUUACCCUUGAACGGGCCUGGUUCAUCCACUCCUGUAUGUGUUAUUCUGUUAUGACAUCGAGCAAACCAUUGUUUUAAGUUUGUUGUGAUCGAAACUGCUUUGCUUGGAUUGGUGUCG